UGCCAACGAGCCAGAGUAUCGUGCUCCACUUUGCUAGCGGUUUUCUUCCUCCCAUCGUUUCGGUCUCAGUUCAGCGAAGCAGCUUGUGCGUGGCGGCAAAUGGCGGAAGCGGAGGCGACGGAGGUGAAGGCGCGGCCGAGGCUGUACUCUUACUGGCGCAGCUCGUGCUCCCACCGCGCCCGCAUCGCUCUCAACCUCAAAGGUCCGUGCUGCUCGGGUGUGGAUUACGAGUACAAGGCGGUGAACCUCCUCAAGGGCGAGCAAUCUGAUCCAGAAUUCGUGAAGCUUAAUCCUAUGAAGUUCGUCCCUGCGUUGGUUGAUGAAGAUGCAGUAAUUGGCUACUCUUAUGCAAUAGCAUUGUAUUUGGAGGACAAGUACCCCGAGCCUCCUCUUUUACCUCAAGACCUUAAAAAGAAGGCUUUGAAUCACCAGAUCGCAAGCAUUGUAGGUUCUGGUAUUCAACCCCUCCAUAAUCUUACAGUGUUAAGGUUCAUUGAGCAAAAGGUUGGUGCAGGGGAGAAACUCUCGUGGACCCAACAACAAAUUGAGAGAGGUUUCACAGCAAUUGAGAACCUGAUAAAAGGCUGUGCUGGGAAGUACGCAACAGGAGAUGAAGUCCAGCUGGCAGAUGUAUUCCUUGCACCCCAUACUUAUGUAGCGCUGGAUCGUACUAAAAUUGACAUGUCAAAUUACCCCACUCUUGCCAGGCUUCACGCCGAGUACAUGGCACACCCAGCAUUUCAAGCCGCGCUCCCUGAUAAGCAACCAGACGCCCCUUCCUCUACCUAGGAACUGCAUCGCGUCUGCCUUGUACAUUGGUCAUCUGAAUAUAGAUUUGGAGUCGAGCAACCAGAAAGCCAAUAUUUGGUGCGUCUGCCUUGUACAUGCUCUUCCUUCAUGUUGUCUUAAGCUGUAACAAUAAGCACAGAACUUGAUGUGCAAAAUGCAAAUAGUUUUCUGGUUUCAA